AUGUUGCUUUGCCGGGAGAAGGAGCGGACAAUCAUCAGCACGUGGCGCAAGUCCUUUUUGAGCCCCCCGGGCAAGCCGUUCACAGUGCCCCGAAGUCUGGACAACCUGCCAGGCUCCAAGCGGAAGAGGAGGACAUCCAGCAAGCUGCAGGAAUUCACCAAGUGGUUCGCGGCCACAGAGCAUGACAGAGCGGGCAGCCAGAAGAGCAAGAAGAAAGGCCCGACAUUUGCAGAUCUGGAAAUCCUGUACUGGAAACACGUGAAGGAACGCCUGGCUGCCCAGAGGAGGUUGCAGAAGCGGAUGCAAAGUUUGCUGCUGGACCCGGCACACGAGCAGCUGCCCCUUGAGGAGGGGGAGGAGCCGGACCCCCCUGAGGAAGAGCGGGAGGAGGGCAUCUUGGACAACGUCGUUGGUGACGAAGGAGAAGAUGAUUUUGUGGAGCACGAUGACAUCCCCCCGCUAGAAGCGGAGGCACCAGAGUGCAUGACAGGUCUCAACGAAGUCCCCGACUGCCUCAGUUACGAGGAACUGGUACGAAAGAACGUGGAGCUCUUCAUAGCCCAUUCCCAAGCGUACGCUCGAGAGACGAUGCUGUCGCGGCGCGUCCGAGACUGGGAGGAGAAGAUGGGGCCGCAGCUGGAGGAACAGGAAGCCCAGGGAGCCUUUGACAUCCACCGCUACGGGGACUGCUUGACGUCCCGCCUGGGCCGGGUGGGCGAGUGGCGUUCCUUUGCCAGCCUGGUGGCUGGGGAGCCCGCCUUCGAGGUGUGUCGUUCCUUGCUGGCCUCCCUGCAGCUUGCCAACGAUUACACCGUGGAGAUCUCCCAACAGCCUGGCCUCGAGGAGGCGGUAGACACCAUGGCCCUACGCCUGCUGACCCAGGAGAAGGCCCACGAGCGCUUCCAGACAUACACGGCCCCCUCCCUUGCCCCGCAGUGACACCCCCCAUGUAAUUAUUAUCGGUUCUCUUUGUACAGUCGCCCCGCCCACUCUGCAGCUUCCUCUCUGCUGCCCCGAGGGGCAUCCAGCCCGGCUCUGGCUGCAAUAAACAGUGUAUUUUGGCAAA